CGUGGCGUGACAAUCUUAGACAGACAUAGCGGACUUGGAAUACUUGGGAAAAAUAACGCCAAUAGCUCAGUACCGCUUCAUACAUAUGAACAAAAGUGAUCUUUGGUGGACAUAUUGCGCGGUGGAACCUUGCCUCGCAGCUCCUGAGCAGGACUUGAGAUUUGAGGACCACACAAGAAAGACAGACUGACAAACCAGCUCGCAAACAUAUUGACAGACCAGCUCAUAAACAGACUGAUAGAUGGACUCGUAAACAGACUGACAAAACAACAAGCACAAGUCACGUGACUGUUGUCGGUCAACUGAUACGUGAGUCCAAUUACACACGAAUUGGGUUGAACGCCCGUCAAUUCGCCAGAAGGCCCGCCAAUCGGAUUAAAGGCUCACCACAAGGUCUUAUCAUCCCCCGCCAUUGUCCCCAAGCCCAAGUUUCAGCCCCUAACUCCUGAUAUUAGAAUGUGUCGACUGUGAUGUGAAAAGUGACCCUAAACUCCCAAGUCUCAAACCUCUGGAUAUCUUGGAUACUACUACUGGAAUGCGCGAAUUUAAUCAUAUGUGUGUUUGGGUGUGCGUCGUUGUGCAUUUGCGACUGUAGUAGUAGUAGUAGUAGUAGUAGUACUAGUAGUAGUAGUAGUAGUAGUAGUAGUAGUAGUAGUAGUAGUAGUAGUAGUAGUGAUGGUGUCUGUUUGUUCUCGAAUGUGUAUUUGAAUGUGAGUUUGUAUUACUUUUUCCUCGUAAAAGUAUUUGUGUGAAUGGGUGUGUGUGAGUGUUUGUAUGUAAGUGUGCACGCGCGGCUAUAAGUGUUUUGACUUAAUGUUUGUUCGCUAAUGUAUAAAAAAAUAUAUAUUUAUAUAUAAGCUUGAGUGAGUGAGUGAGUGAAUGAGUGAGUGGAUGAGUGAGAGAGAGAGUGUGUGUAAGAGCCAGAAUUUGCGUGUGUAUAUUUCAGCGUGGGUGAUUGAGAAUGUGUGUUUGUGUAUAAGCGUGAGCGUUCGUAUAUAUUUGCUCGUGUAUGCGUCUGUGCGUGUGUGUAUACCGUGAUCAUGUGCAGACCACUACUAAUUGCCUUCAGAAGGUACAUACCCUUAGUAACGUCUUUCCGGGAGAGGUACGCCAAGACCUUCCUGCUGGUCUGCCUCUUCAGCAUUCUCCUGUCAGCUUACAUGUCCACAUACCUACUGGACUCUGUCCGGAGAAUACAGGACAUCGGAUCGGAGAACAACUUGAUCCUGUACCGGGAGGUAUACCGACAUGAGGCGUGGCCAGAGGUGGAGGGGGUCGUCAAAGAUCCUGGCAGCCUGCCUCCUAAUGCGCACUACUUCUGGUGUGGGGAGAAAAUCUUCCGUUUCGAGGACUAUCUCGGAGUGUUGAGUAUCGUCCGCGUUCUCAAACCUGUCAAGCUCAUCUUCCACUACAACACGCUCCCGUCUGUGGACGACAAUUGGUACCAUACGUGGUUUCAGGAGCUCAAGCAGUCGGUACCUAAUCUGGUGCUGCAGUACCAUGUCGUCCGUCACAAGUGCGGCUCUGUGGAGGCUUUGAGGUUUUACUUGGGGACGCUAGCGGAGGAGGGCGGAGUCUACGUCGGUGAGAGGACCAUCGUCACCGAGAUGCCAGAGGUCGAAGGUUACAGAGAAAGCGAGGUAUUCCAUUCCUUCCGGGUCAACGAGCUCGAACAUGACUUCACUCAAGGUCUGGUCAUCGCCAGGCGAGGGUUCCCGCGUCAACAGGUGGCUGGUCUGCUCAGCUCGAUUCUGAACCACGACAAAAAGUGUUAUGACGUCACUGAAUACAACCGCAUAUUCCCGUCUUCGUCGUCGUCGUCGUCGUCUUCGCCUUCUUCUUCUUCUCCUAGUGGUGACAGCGGCCCACUCAACAGCAACAAAAACUCCUCCUCAUUCUCACCUUGUCUCGUCCUAUCAGAGGCGCUAGUCCCCAAAGACAUUGUGACGUCACCCACACCACUAGCAGAACUCUCUCGCUGGUUGUUUUACGGUGAGCGGCGAGCUAGACAGGUGACCCCUGACCCGCUGGGCACUCCCCUCAUCCCCCUCAUCUCACACAUCAUCUGGUUGCCCCCCACCAACAUCUUCAAGUCCAGCGAGUUCAAACUCCUGCACUAUCUCAGCAUCAUGUCUGCCCUCCACGUUGCCGGCUUCAGGCGUGUGUUCGUGCAUGGUGCUGUCCGGCCACACGGGCACUGGUGGGACCAGCUCCGUGGAGAAAACGUCACUUUUCUCAAGGACCGUGACGUCAUCUGGGUCAGUGAGAUCCCUGAGAGUCUGAGGCGGUACCCUGUGGUGGCCUGUCCGGACUGGCCCAUCAACGGGGAGUGGCCAGAGGUCUUCAACAUGGGCGUGGUCCUAGCCAAACCUGGCGCUGAGUGGCUGAGUCAUUUCCUCAACACGUUCCGCUACUACCGUGACGACAAGUGGGCCUUCAACGCUGUGUUCAUGCCCUACAAAGCUUACGAGUUUCACCCGGACAAAAUAUACAUCGACCGACGGUUACAGAUCAUCUGUUUUAGAGGUGUCUGUCACCCAGCCUGGCACAAAGACUACAAAAGAGACAUCAAUGACCAACGUCCAAUAAACUUCCAGUGGCAAGAAGGCCGGUCAUUUCACUUCACAGUGCCCAAACCCGCGCCUGGGCUAGCUUCCCUGGAGGCUAUCCGGGAUGGUCAAGACAUGUUCUCAGAGAUUGGCCGGAUGAUUCUCACAAAAAGUGGACGAACUGAUUUGCUUAAGAGCUGAUCCAAAGUAUAGACAGAUUGAUAGACAUACUAGAUAGAAUAACAAAUAGACGAUUCAUCUGACUGCUAGACCGACAGGUCGUUUGAAGACAGAUUGACACUUAUUUACUAUGCGUACAGAUAGACGAUUCAUGAGACGAAUUGACUGAUAGACAUACAGAUAAUCGUACAAAUAGACGAGUCAUCCGACGGAUAGACAGACAGGUUUUUUAAAGACA